CUCAGUCUGUCACUCUUCAGCAUCUUCUGGUUAAUGGAUUAUACAGUUUCCCUCCAAGUGCAACAUCAGCUGGCGGUGUUCCCGACGCAUUUCCAUCAGGGCUACAGCGUGGAGUUACAGAUGAAGUCAACAGAGGUGGACCAAGGGCUUUUCACAGACAGCUACUGCAAAGUGUGCAGCGCUCAGCUCAUCUCCGAGUCCCAGCGGGUCGCCCAUUAUGAGAGUCGGAAACAUGCCAACAAAGUGCGGCUGUAUUACAUGCUACAUCCCGUGGAUGGAGGCUGCCCUGCCAAGAAGCUCAGAUCAGACAAUGGCAGUGACGACGGCGAUGUGGACAAGAAUAAAUGCUGCACACUGUGUAACAUGUCCUUCACCUCAGCGGUUGUGGCACAGUCACACUACCAGGGUAAAAUCCACGCCAAGAGGCUAAAACUACUACUGGGAGAGCAGCCUGCCAUCACAACCAAAGAGGCAUCACCCAGCCCUGUAAAGACCUCCCCAGAAACAUCUCCUAUGACCUCCCCACGACAACGUCGUGACUCGGACCGCUACUGCCAGCUAUGCAACGCCUGGUUCAAUAACCCUGGCAUGGCUCAGCAACAUUAUGAUGGCAAAAAGCACAAGAAGAACGCUGCCAGAGCAGAUCUCCUGGAACAGCUGGGCAAGACCCUGGACAUGGGAGUGAUGAAAGGUCUGGACUGCAUAGGCAGCAGUCUAAGCAGAGAUAUCUAG